CAUCCCCACCUUCACAACCUCACAGAAACUCCAGGGGCCCUGCACACAGACAGCUGAGCAUAACACUCCUGUGCAGCUCCACCUGAGGAUUACACACUAAAAACAAACAUCACAGCUCAGACUACCUCGCUUAAAUUGAUACACACAUUUGUUGCUGUGGACACCAAGAGGACUAGGAUCAGGUGGAGAACCAGAAGUCAGUCUGGGGGAGAUCUUGCACCGACUAUGCAGGUGAUAACAUGCGCGUUGUUUGCGCUCGUCAGCCUCCCUGUCAGCAGCACCGUGUCGGAGGCUGACUCCUGCCCUGCUGUCUGCGAGUGCUCUGAGUGGAAGACCCACACAAUCUCCUGCUUUGACAUUGAUAUUCUCCCCAGGUUUCCAGCAAGCACGGAGACACUAUGGCUUUUCGAGACCAGUCUGUCAUCUGUGCCAGCGGAUGCCUUUUCCAGCAUGGUCAACAUCUCAAGGAUAUAUAUAUCGGUGGACAUAACACUGCAGAGGCUGGAGAGGCACUCGUUCUACAGCCUGAGGAAAAUCACCCACAUAGAGAUCCGUAAUGCAAAAAGUCUCACCUACAUUGACCCAGAAGCCUUUAAAAAUCUCCCAAACCUCAAAUACCUGGGGAUUUUCAACACCGGCCUUACUUUUUUCCCUGACUUGAGCAACAUCCACUCUAAUGACAUGAACUUCAUACUAGAAAUUGUUGACCAUCCCUACAUCACUGAGAUCCCAACCAACUCGUUCCGUGGCAUCACCAGUGAUGUGCUGACAGUGAUGCUGUACGGAAACGGCUUCAGAGAAAUCCAACAUCAUGCCUUUAACGGGACCAAGCUAGAUCAAGUCGACCUUCACAGGAAUAAGUAUCUCACCAAGAUGGAUGAAAGGGCUUUCGCGGGCACCAUCAGUGGCCCCAUGCUUCUAGACGUGUCCCUGACAGGGAUCACCACCCUCCCGACCACAGGUAUGGAUACUCUCCGGGAGCUGAAGGCGCGCAAUGCCUGGGCCCUCAAGAAACUGCCGCCCAUCAAAACCUUCAAGCACCUCACCAUCGCCAACCUCACCUACCCCAGCCACUGCUGUGGCUUCAAAAACCUGAAAAAAAAACGAGGCUUUUUGGAGUACAUAAUCUGUAACCUGACUGCUUUCUACGACCAGCAUCACAAGCGCUCUGUGGGGCCUCUUCGCAUUCCUUCCCUCCAAGGGGAGAGUGUGGUGGAAACAAUCCCAGACCAGGAGCCAAACGAUGGAGGCCACAGAGAGUCCCAGGAAGACUGGACGAGAGGUGACUUCCACGGCAGCCUCCACUACCACGCCUACUUUGGGGGCCAGCCAGAUGAGGAUGUGGGUUUUGGAGAGACCCUCAAGAACCCCCAGGAGGACACCAGCCAAGACUUUGACAGUCGUUACGAUUAUGUGGUGUGUGAGGAGGGAGAGGAGGUGUCGUGUGCACCAGUGCCCGAUGAGUUCAAUCCUUGUGAGGACAUAAUGGGUUUUGGCUUCCUGCGAGUGUCAGUGUGGUUUGUGAGUCUGCUGGCUGUUCUGGGAAAUGUGGUGGUGCUCUUGGUGCUGCUCACCAGCCACUACAAGCUCUCAGUCUCCCGCUUCCUCAUGUGUCACCUGGCCUUUGCCGAUCUGUGCAUGGGGAUUUAUCUGCUGCUUAUUGCCUCUGUAGACCUCCACACACGAGCCGAGUACUUCAACCACGCCAUAGACUGGCAGACAGGCCCCGGCUGUGGACUUGCAGGAUUUUUUACAGUCUUCGCAAGCGAGCUAUCUGUCUACACCUUGACGGUGAUCACCCUGGAGAGGUGGUAUGCUAUCACCUUUGCUAUGCGGCUGGAUCGUAAGCUGCAUCUGCACCAUGCAGCGGCUGUGAUGCUAGGUGGCUGGCUCUUCUGCCUCCUCCUGGCCCUGCUUCCACUGGUUGGGGUGAGCAGCUAUCAGAAGGUUAGCAUCUGUCUCCCAAUGGACACCCAGUCCACAGUGGCUCAGGUCUACAUCUUGUCAGUUCUGGUCCUCAACAUCCUGGCCUUUCUUGUUAUCUGUGCUUGCUACUUCAAGAUCUACUGCGCAGUGCACAACCCUCACUACCGUUCUGGAUCCAAGGAUACCAACAUCGCCAAGCGCAUGGCUGUCCUCAUCUUCACUGACUUCUUGUGUAUGGCGCCGAUCUCCUUCUACGCCAUGUCAGCCGUGCUGGACCGGCCACUCAUCACUGUUUCCAACUCCAAGAUUUUAUUGGUGCUCUUCUACCCACUCAAUUCCUGCGCCAACCCGUUCCUCUACGCCAUCUUCACUAAGGCCUUCAGGGGGGAUGUAUUCAUCCUCCUCAGUAAGGUGGGCCUUUGUCAGCAGCGAGCACAGUUGUUCAGAGGCCAGACAGUCUCGUCAAAGGGCAGCAGUGGGACAUCUCAGGUCCGUAGAGACAAGGAUAAGGUUAAAAAAGGUGGAAGUGGAGGCCAGGAAGAGGUUCCCAUCCACCUGAAGAUGUGCUCCGGACAUACCUACCACCAAGCGGUCUGCCAGCAGACAAACCCUGAAGAGAGCCAGAGCCUGAACACGUGAGCCAAACACCAGCUCAAGGUACUAAAGCAAGACAGGUUCAGGUGGGAGAGGACAGGCCUUGAAGUGUUUGUGGACAGAUCUGUUUGGAUAUUUAACAGAAAGCUCCAGUAUUCUGUAUCUGCUUCAAUUUUCAGGCCAAGUUCAUCUGUUUUCACAAUUUCGGCUGUGAUGAUUUUAUGGUUCCAGUUGUUGGAGAAUAUCAUGUGUCACUGAAAUACGAGCCAGACUUCAUCUCACUUAUAGUCCUUUGUAUUUGGAGGGACUGGCUAGAAUAGAACAGAGAUUAUUUAAAGGAAAAUUAGUGAAGAUAACAACUCAAACAUACAUAUAGAAAUAUGAAUAAAAUCUAUUUUUUCAGUAGCUUUAAUUGUAUAUUAAGUAUAAUUUCAGAUGAUCUCUGCACAGUCUGGAAUUGAUAUACAAGAAAAUGUAACAGAUUUUUUUAAGUACUUAAUUUUCCUGUGAUAAGAAGACCUUUCUGAGGAGCCCUAUUUAUACUUAUUAUGUUCAAGGACAGCCUGCUGGCUCAGUGCCGUUCACAGUGGAAACUUUAUCCAGUUUAUGAAAUUAUAAAAACACUGCAUUUCUCUCUUAACAUGUGGAUCAAAACAGAACACAUUGUAUGCAAUUUCGUGGAUUUCUUUUUUUAACCUGAAACUGAAAAGUAAAUAUGGACAAUAGUACUUGACUAUGAUGCUGGAAAGAGUGUUUUCACAGUGCAAGUUGACUGUGUAUGUGGCUUACACAUGUACCAAAUUGAUCAUAUAAUUUUCUUAGAUUCAUAAAAUAUUUGUGUACUUUAGUUCUUUAUGUUUUUGUGAGUUUUUUAAUGUAACCAAAUAUUGUGACUUUCACUUUUUUCAUGUUGAUCCAGCAAAGCAGUUUGCAGAGUUGCGUCCUCAUCUCCCGAGAGCAUGUGAUCCAAUUACAAAAGUAAACACAAGAUAUAUUUUGAUUAUUAGCAAUUUUCUACAAAUUACAGACAGGUAUGAUAAUCACAA